AUGACUAAAUUGCAAAAUUGUUUUUACUCAUUAUCAAAACAGGAGUGUUAUAAGGAUUUACAUAUGAAGAGUUGUAAAAAAAAAAAAAAUAUAUAUACUCAUAGAUGUUUAAAUAUAAAAAAGUUCCUAAAUUAUGAUAAAUAUAACAAAAUGAAAAAUUGUUAUCAAUAUAUAAAUUUAAAAAAAGUUUUAAUGGAUAAUUCUAAAAAUUAUAAAAAUAACAAUGAUAAUAACAAUGGUAACAAUAUAAAUAUAAAUGAAGUUAAUGUAAAUAACGUGAGAAUAUUUAUAAAUAAUUUAUUUAACGAUUGUUUCAUUACAAGUAUGUACAUUUUUGAACAUAUUUCUUUAAUUGGUUGGUCAAAUGGAAUUAUUAGUAUUUUUGAUAAAUAUUUAAAUAUUAUUCUGAACAAAAAAAUUAGUAAUUCUACAAUUAAAAACAUAUCGAUGAAUAAAAAAGAAAAUGCUAUGUGUUUCAUGGAUAAUUUGCAUAACUUAUAUCUUAUUUACUUAAAUAUAAGAAAUGAUUUAAAAGAAAAUAAUAAUAAUUUUUUUUUUGAUUCAAAAAAUGAAAAUUGUAAUGCAUAUCAAAAUAAGUUUGGAGAAUCAUAUUAUUUUGAUGAAGAAAAGUAUAUAAAUUUAAAUAAAAGAGAGCAAUCUUUUAUAAAAGCUUUUGUAUGUAAUAAAAUAUUCCAUUAUAAUAUAAAAUAUUUGAACAGCUGUAUAAUUAACCCUUUUUUUGAUAGUUAUCAUAAUAAUAAUAUUUGCAUAUUAUCAUCAAAUAAAGCAGUUUCUAUUUUAUAUAUUUAUGAAUUUCACAUAAAUAGCACAAUCAUAUUUAAAGAACAAAAUAUAUUAAAUUUUUAUUGGUAUCAUUGCUAUAUUUUUAUUUGUACUGAAUGUUCCAUUUUUGUUAUUAAUUUUUUUGAUAAAACUAAAGUGGCUCAGAUUUUCCUAGAUUCAUAUAAUGAUUUAAAAAUAGACUCAUUAGUUCAAAUAAAUCAACCAUAUAUCAAUAGAAAAAUAAAAGAAAAAGAAGGAAAAUGUAAUAAUGAUAUAACAUUUACUGAUAAAAGAAUAAGUUCAAUUGAUAAUACACGUGAAUAUUACAAAAAUGAACUUAUACAUGGUGAAUUACAUAAAGGUAAACUAGAAUGUGAUAGUACAGAGAGCGAAUAUAACCAUUUACUUUGUAAUAAAAAAAAAGAAAAGAAUUUAUUUUUGAUUCAUACAUGUGCAACUCAGAAAGGUGUGUACAUAAUUGCUAAAGAAAAAAAUAUUAAAAUUAUAAAAAUAGAGAAAAUAAACGGAAUAGAAAAGGUAAGUGUUCUAAGCAAUUUUUAUUUAGAUAAUUACAUAAUAAGCUUAUGUGCUUUUCAUGAUAAUAAUAAUUAUAAUGAAGAAGAAUUUUUUAUAUCAGCAAUAAUUUUUAAUGUAAAAGUAUUUAAGGAAAAUGAGGGAAAACUAAAAAUAAGGAACUGCUUUUUAGAACAUCAAAUUCUAACAAAUAAGAAUUCUUUAAUAUAUAGAAAUACUAUUAAGAUAAAAAAAAAAAAUUAUAUAAAUAUGAAUAAUAUUAUUUGUAAUUAUAAUAAUGAUACUACUAAUAAUAUCUAUAAUGGUAAUGAAAAUUAUACUUACUUUAAAAAUUAUAUUAAUUAUUUGAGAAUAUUCCAAUAUACUUCAUUUAGUAAAAAUAUUUGUAAUGACUCAGUAGAAAAAAAAAAAAAUUAUUUUAAUGAUGUUUCUUUAUAUAUAUAUGGUUACAACACAUUUCUACAAUUUCGACCCAAAAAUAUCAAAGAAUCUUUUUUUGAACUUAUAUUAGAAAAUAAAAGAAAUAGCAAAAAUAUUUUGGUUAUUUUAAAUAAUUUAAAAAAGAAUACAAAUAAGAAAGAAUUAACUGAUAUCGGAUUACUGUUAAUUUGCUCUUUUUUUAAAUUUAAAAAAUAUUUUCUUGCUACAAAAAUAUUUCUUAUUUUGCAUAAACGUUUUCAUAAUAAAAGAAAAGUUAUAUACGAUAUAAUAAAAAUAUUGUUUCUUCAUAAAAAAGUUUAUAUUCUUUCAUUAUUUUAUACAAGAUUAAAAAAAAAAGAAAAAGGUACAAAAACAAUGUAUUACAAAAUAAGAUAUAGAAUAAGAAAAAGAAAAAAAAAAAAAAUAAAAAGUAUUAUAUAUUUAUUUCAUUUGAUUCAUAAAAUAUAUGAAAAUAAAUUAAAAGAAAAAACAAAAGCAAAAUUAAGAAAAAAUAAAAAAAAAAAAAAAAUUCUUCGUGUGCAAAAAGAAACAAAAAGGAAAAAAAAAUUUUCCUUUUUUAUUACUAAAAAAUUAUUUAAUAAAUUUUUAGUUUUUCUAUUAUGCACUAAUGUUUAUCAUUUUAAAAAUAUUUAUGAAACUUCUUCUGAUAGUGAUUUAAAUGCUCAUUUGUUAUGCAAAAAUAUAAUAUUUUUGUUAAAAGAUGAUUUUGAAUUUAUAAAUAAAAAAUUAAGAACUACUUAUAAUUCAUUUCAUUUUACUUUACAUAAAGAAAAAAAAAAAAACAGCCCUUCUGAUAUAUCUUUUAAAAAGAAUGAAACAGAAAAAAAAAUUCUUUUAGAUAUUUUGUUAGAUAUAUAUUUUAAAUUUAAUAUAUGUCCAUUUAAUAUUUACAAUAAAAAUAAUUUAAUUUUAUUUAAUGAAAGGAAUGAAAAAUGUAAAAAAAUUGAAGCCAUCGGAAAUUUUUUAAAUCAGAACGAGUGUUCAAAAAAAACAAAAUUAUCUGAAAAGGAAUAUUGUGGAAACAUCCUUUUUCAUCAUGAAUAUAUUAAUAAAAACAAAAUUUCUAAAAAUAUGAUUUAUACUUGUAGUGAAAAAACAUAUAUUAAUAUAGAGAGAAAUUCAUAUAACGAAAAAAAAAAAAAUAAAAAAUUUGAAGAAUUUAAAAAUGAAAAGGAAUUUGAGAAAAUAGAAAUAUUUAGAAAUGAACAAAAAAGGAAAUUUGAGAAAAAAGAAAUAGUUAUAAAUGAAGAAAAAAAAUUUCAAAAUGAAAUGGCAUGUAGUAAUAACAAUUUUAGAAGUAAUGAUAUGAUCAAUGGUAGUUUAUACAACUGUUCUUUUUUUAAAAAAGAGUAUGAUAACAUAAAAAAGGCAGAAAUAUUAAAAAUAUUAUUGAAUAUGAAAAAUGAAAAGGUCUUUAUUUAUUUAAAACAGUGUGAUUUAAAAUUAUUUAAAAAAAUUAUAAAUAAAAAUAUUAUGAAGUUAUGUAAGUUAAACAUUAAAAAGACAAUUAGAUUGUUGAUUAUAAAGAAGGAAAAUAAAUGUGAAUAUUUUUUUGAUCCCCAUCAAAUUGUAAAAAAACUAAAAAAAAAACCUUUUUUUUUAUAUAAUUUUUUAAGGGAAAUAAAAGAUAUAAAAUAUGUAAUCAUAUAUAUUAAUUUAAUUUUAUAUUUAAUGUUUAUUUUUGAACCAUUGUUGUUAAUAAAUUUUUUAAGGGUAUAUUAUAAAUAUAUUAGUUUUAAAAAAAUUUUAUUUUUUAUAUCAUUUUUUAAUUAUUUAUUUGCUAGUUAUAGUUUUCUAGGAAAUAAAAAUAGCUAUUGUAAUAAUAGUGAUCGAACAAAUAAUAAAAGAGUAACAAUUUGUGAAAAUGAUAAUUAUUUAGAAGAAAACGGUAAUAUUAUUACUGAAAAUAGUAAUAGUGAAAAUAAGAUAAUGUGUAAAAUAUAUAAAAAGGAUAAAUGUGUUAAUGAAAAAGAAAAUAAUUUAAUUGAAACUUAUUCUUUAACUAAUAUAUAUAAUAGGAACUUUAUAAAGAAUCACAAUUUGAAAAGAACUUUUGAUAGCAAAUCAUAUAUUAAUUUUUUUAAAAAUGAAAAUGUUAUAUUAUUGUAUAAAUAUCUAUUAAAUGAGUAUGUUAAAAAAAAAAAAUUGGUGGAAUUAUUUAAUAUGAUAAAAGAAGAAUCAAUUAAUUAUAAAAACAAACUAAAUUUUUUUCUUAAUUUAAAAGCAUUUAUUUAUUUAAAAUUUGGUUAUGUAAAUAGGGCAAUAAAAAUUUAUCUUAAGUUGAGCAAUUAUUUACAAAUAUUUUUGAUUAUGAAUUAUCAUAAUUUAAAUAUUGAUGAAGAUAUCAGAAAAAAAGUAAAGGAUUAUUUAGAUGCAGGGAAUCACGUUAUUUCCUACAAUAACCUCCAAAAAAAAAAUUUAAAUAAAAAAUUGUUUGAUAAAAAUUUUUUUAAAGAACAAGAAAUAAAAAAAAACAAUAGCCUUUUCAUAAAAGAUGAAUAUUUUUGUUAUAUUGACGAAAAUAAAGAAAUUAAGAAGUACAGAAGUAUAAUUCUUAGGAAAAAAAAAUUUAGUUUAAAAAGAAAAUGUAAGAUACAUAAAUUACAAGAUGAUGUUUACUGUUUCCGAGAAAAUGUAUACUUUUCAAGAAAGAGAAAUAAGAUUCACCAUAAUGAUACUUUUGUAAAGAUGAAGAAAGAUAAAAAUAAAAAAAUUGAAAAUAAUGAAAUAACAAAAUAUGCAAUUCAUAAUAUUUUUCAUGCUGAAACAAGUAAAAAUAAUGAAAUGAUUUAUAAGAUGAAUAAUAAUUUAGAAAAAUAUAUAAUUAAAAAUGUAAAUUGUAAUAUUCUAGAUAAAGAGAUUAUGUAUCAAUUAUAUUUGGAAAAAAAGAGAAAAAAAAAAAAAAUAAAUAUAUAUUUAAGUAGUGAAAAUAGGCAGAUAUUCAAAAAAAAUAAUAAUGAUAUACGUAAAAAAAAUGAGGAAAAUCAAUAUUUAAAUAAAGAAAUAGUUAUAAAGAAUUAUUUUAUUCAUAAUAUAAAUUAUGAAAUGAAUUAUCUAACAUUAAUAUCUUUACUAGAAGAACUAUUAUAUAAAAAUGAAUUAUACGAAAAUUAUAAUAAAAUCUUAAGAAAUAAAAAAAAAAGCAUAUUUAAUUUCUUAAGUGAAAUAAAAAGAAAAGGUUAUACAAUAUAUAAUGGAAAAGAAAAAAAAGAAUUAAAAAGGUAUGAAUUAAACUUAAUAGAUAUAAAUGAUUAUUAUUUUUUAAAUGAAGAUACAAAGGAAUCAUGUAUGUUAACAUCUUAUUUUAGAAACGAUCAGCAUGUUAAAAAUAAUGAAAAAAUAUAUCAUAUCCAGAAAAAUAUUCCUCCUAAUUAUUAUUUAUAUGAUCAAAUGUAUAGCAAUCCUUUUAUCUCAAAAAUUUCAUCUUUUUGCUCUUUAUGCUUAAAUAACAUAUAUAUUGACCGCUACUACUUCAAUAAAAAAAAAAUUAAAAAUAAUAUUAUUAUAUUUUUUUUCUGUAAUCAUGUCUAUCAUUUUAACUGUUUAAAGAAAAAGCAAAUAACCUGUAAUAUAUGUUAUUAA